AUGGCCACGACUGCUGCCCAAGACGAAUACAACAGCCUCGUUGCCAAGAACACUGCCCGUGAGUCGCAUCGUGACGACACUGAGCUCUCGUCGCACGACGACUCCGACCUCGACCUCGACGAAGAGACUGUAUACCACAACGCCAAGAUGGAGGCAGCUUUGCGUAUGCCGACCGGGGUUUCGGAGAUCAAGCUUCCCCCGGCGUCCUUUGACAGCGGUAGAUCAACUGGUGUCAAGGGUGUCAUCGCCGACGCCAGAAGUUUCGAGACUGCCCGCAAGACCAAGUGGAUAGACAGAGCCAAGGCCGCCAGGCGGAGCAUAUUUGGCAUGGCCGGUAUCAGCCAGAACUGGGCGGUCAAAAGUGAGAGUGAGACGGACGACGACACACUUAGCGGGCCCGGCUCAGACGAAGAGACGUUUCUGCAACAGUGGCGAGAUAGCCGACGGCGAGAGCUGGAGGACGAGGCCAGCAGGGCGGUGCGGACACGACGGACCAGUCCGAGUGUGCGAGUCUACGGCCGGUUGGACCAGGUGGAUGCUUUGGGCUAUCUCGACGCUAUCGAGAAAGUCAGCAGAGAGACAAAGGUCGUCGUCUUUGUUUACGAUCAUGAGUGUGACGUUUCUGCCGCCAUCGAGUCAGCCCUCGCGCCCCUGGUCAAGUUCCACUCAACAAUUCACUUUGUCAAGGUUCACUACGAUGACAUUGAAUUUGACAAUGCCGCUGUCCCGGCACUGUUGGCCUACCACAACCAAGGCGAUUUGUUUGCCAACUUGACAGGCCUCAUUGAAAUGAUGCCCGACGAAGAGUCGUUUGGCACCAGCUCUCUGCAAAAACUUUUGGAGAGGCACCAGGUCCUGUAA